CUUGGUUUCCUCUCAGAGUUACCCCACCUCAGCUCUGCGUUCAUCAACGUUACCAGAACCAGCGAUGGGACAGUGUUUUCUUUUCGCCUCUCACAUCAGGUCACCCCGCAUUUUAAGCUCUUUCGCUGUCAAUGGAGGAAUAUUCUCCCUUACAAGCUUUUAUGGAAAGUCAAAUUCAGCUCUGAGAAUGAACUUUUGCAUCAUUUGAAUCCUGUCUUAAGUCUGCUCAUCUUAUCAUUCUUGAAGCGUUUCUUCCUCGAGUUUUUUGUUUUGUUUUGAGAGAUGCUUCUUGUAUUGAGGCAUUUAGAAGCUGCGGGGUACUUCCUGUGGCUUGAGGGCUUCUAUAUCGUCCCGACAUGGUGGACGGUGAACUAGCGUUUGCCAAACUACCUAUGGAGAUCACGACAAGCUGAAGAGUGCCUUAGCUUAGAUAUUCCUGAUAAACGGAAGUUGACGCUCGCACAAUUUGUUACCCCGCUCAAGCCUCACGGGUACCUGUACCUGUAUUACUAUUACCUGAUUUUAACUGUGCCUUGCUGUCUCGUAGUGAAGCAGUGUGAGGGUGAGGGUGCAGCAAGUGCGUUGUACAACUUGUGCAGCAAGGCAAGCACCGAUCGUGGUGGGACGGUGGUAUAAACAUGCUAUUUCUGUACCACCAAUAUAUUGUUCCUCGUAAAAAUGACGCCUCUGGAUGUUGGAGAGGACGAGUUGCAGCGCAAGGAACAGAGUUGGAUGACGCAACUUUUUAUUUUACCAGAUUUGAGUAACCCCUGCUGGGUAGGGUAGACGCGAGAGAGCUGGGCUGGCUCGGCUGGAAGAUGCAUGGCGGGGUCUGGUGGGGGGGUUCACAUACCCACGGAAGCCUGCCACCAUCGUCACUAAUUGAGGACCAAUGAAAGAGAGCAUUUCAAACUUUGUCUUUCGGCUCUGUGUUUGUAUGUCCUGUCUUGCUUGAUAUAUAAGACUCCCUUCCCGUCUCUAUUCAGUGUUUCUCUCAUCAACAACUCGACUCACACUCUUCCUAUCAAUCACUUUUCAAUACUUCCAUAUCAACUCAACCUUCAAGUUAGAAACUAACAACCUUCAUCAUGUCUAACUACAACGAUAACAACACCGUAAGUUCAUUUAAUUUAAAACUAAUUCUAUUGUUCUUGGUUCUGACAGACUUUCUCCCAGAGCUCCUAUGGCGAUAAUGACAACUACGGCGUAAGCUUUCACCUCUAAGUUCAGCCAUUGCUGUUCUAGAGUCAAGUCCUUUGAUACUAAUUCUUCUUGUUUCCAGUCUGGUCGUACAGGUGGUAGCAACACCUAUGGUGUAAGACAUCCCUCGGUUUAUCAUCUUCCAUGGACAGCCAUUGCUGUCUAUCAGACUUUCUUAAUAAACAUCUCUAUAUCUUAUUAAUAUUCACAAAGCUCUAAAGGAAAAAGCUAACGUAUCUCAGUCUGGUAACACCGGAUCUGAUUCCUACGGAUCAUCCAACCGCACCGGUGGUGGAUUCGGCAACGACUCCUCAGACACCUACGGUUCAUCCAAUACCAACACCGGUUCAGACACCUACGGCUCUGGUCGCACGGGGGGAUCCGGCCUAGGAAACACAGGCUCAGAUACCUACGGUUCAUCCAACACCAACACCGGCUCCGACAACUACGGUUCCUCCGGCCGUACAGGCGGUUCAGGACUCGGCGACGAUUCCAACACCUACGGAAGCUCCAACACCAAAUCCUCAUCCGGCUACGGAAACGAGUCUUCAGACACCUAUGGAUCAGGCCGAACGGGCGGUUCAGAUACCUACGGUUCAUCCAACACGAAAUCUUCUUCUGGAUAUGGAAAUGAUUCUUCUGAUACCUACGGAUCUUCAAACACAAAAUCUUCAUCUGGAUACGGAAAUGAUUCUUCUGAUACCUACGGCUCAACUGGCCGCACCGGCGGCUCAGGAAUAGGCACCGACACCUCAGACACCUACGGAUCCCGCACAGGAGGAACCGAUACCUACGGCUCCUCAACCACCAAAUCCUCCUCUGGCUACGGAAACGACUCCUCCGAUACCUACGGCUCUGGCCGCACCGGCGGAUCAGACACUUACGGUUCAUCCAACACCAACACCACCUCAGACUCAUAUGGCUCCGGGCGCCAAAACGAUUCUUCGAACCCAUACGGCACGUCGAACACCGAGGCCUCGACGACGGCUGGUGGUGCCGGGUAUGGAAAUAAGACUUCGUCGCAUGAGGGGAAGGGGGAUAGUACCAUGGGGAAGAUUAUGGAGAAGGCGGGGAGUUUGUUGAAGAGUGAGGGGAUGCAGGAGAAGGGGCAGCAGAAGAGGGCUGGGGCUGGGAAUGAGGAGUAUGGUAGUUCGGGGAGGAAUGAUGAUUAUUAG